GGGAAGCAGAGGGAGAGCUCAGAAUCUGCCCUCUGCUGUACAUCGGGCGCGGAGGGAUGGAGCUGGCACCGUCGUCGGGGUGCACGGACACCGCGACUCGGAGUCCGCGAGACUCGAUGAGGAAGCAGAGCGCGCGCACGGCCGCGCUCAUCCUGUGCAUCUUGUCUUACCUGCUGGUGGGCGCCGCGGUCUUCGAUGCACUGGAGUCCGAGGCCGAGCGCAAUCGGCAGCGGCUGCUGGCCCGGAAGCGCGGCGAGUUCCGCAGAAAGUACGGCUUCUCUGCCGACGACUACCGGGAGCUGGAGCGCUUGGCGCUGCAGGCAGAGCCGCACCGUGCCGGCCGCCAGUGGCGCUUCGCAGGCUCCUUCUACUUCGCCAUCACGGUCAUCACGACCAUCGGGUAUGGCCAUGCUGCGCCAGGCACAGACUCGGGUAAGGUCUUCUGCAUGUUCUAUGCACUCCUGGGCAUCCCGCUGACACUGGUCACCUUCCAGAGUCUGGGCGAGCGUCUAAACGCGCUGGUGAGAUGUCUGCUGCUGACUGCCAAGCGCUGCCUGGGUCUGCAGCGGCCGCACGUGUCCGCAGAGAACAUGGUAGUGGCCGGGCUGCUGCUGUGCGCAGCCACCCUGGCCCUCGGCGCUGCUGCCUUUGCGCACUUCGAGGGCUGGACCUUCUUCCACGCCUACUACUACUGCUUCAUCACCCUCACCACUAUCGGCUUCGGCGACUUCGUGGCGCUGCAGAGAGACGAGGCGCUGCAGAGGAAGCCACCCUACGUGGCCUUCAGCUUCCUCUACAUCCUGCUGGGGCUCACAGUCAUUGGUGCCUUCCUCAACCUGGUGGUCCUGCGAUUCCUCGCUAGCGCUGACGCCCCUGAGCGCUCAGCCCACCGCGCCAGCGCAUUUCGCAAGGGGGCGCUCGAGAGCCGCAUCGGUGGGGCGGCCUCCACCUGCAUCUCUCAUGGCAUCCAUCAGCUGGAGACCUGGGCACGUGACAACCCGGCCUUCUCGCCUCCCUUGAGUCCAGAAGCCCUGCCUCACUGUCACAGCAGCCCAGAUAGACGCCGAACACGGAGGAAGUCCAUCUGACAGUCUUACCCACCCGGGUCAGGCCUGGCCAAUGUCUAGCCCCGUCUGUUAGCAAACCCACCUUUCCUCAGGCUUGGAGGGGGUUGAGGCUCCCGUGACCAUCUGUGGAUCAUCCCUUCUAGAAAUACAUGACUGCUGCACUAAAGGCACAAGCCUAUUCUACAGUCACCCUGGAAGUGUAAACUGUUUAGUCUAAUCUUGUAGGAAAAUGUGGCCUUCAGCCCCUAGGAGGGGUGACACUAGGUCACCCCCUCAAAGGAUGGCUAGCUUCUGCUCUGAAGAGGACACAAGAUACCUUGCGGGGGGAGGCAUAAUUUUAAACACUAGAAUUCUCCUCCCGAGACUGGAUGCUCACGCUAGAAGUAUCAGAUAGAGGCAGGCUGAAGGUAGUUUAUGGCUCACAGUGGGCAAUUUCUGCACGAUAUAGACGGCAUUCCCUUUGCUCGGCAUGAAGGGUGAAAAUUAGCCUGUGUGUAAAUGGUUGCCUCCACUGUCAAGCAGAGCCUUGUCCCUGGCUAGCCCCCUUUGGAUAAAGGUGAUGCCCCCCCCCAUCAUUACCUAUAUACGCAGCUCAGUGGUGUGGAACAAAUUUCUGAGUCGCACCAAUCACCAGCAACAUGCCAUUGGGAUUUCACUUCACUUUCCUGGCCCUCAGCUUCUCCAUCAGUAAACCCGAGCUCAUUUGCAAACUCUGCUUCACAUGGGCACCCAUAGAGGGCAUUAACAAGCCCAUGUCGAGGCACCUUGGCAUCCUAGAGCACUCAGCCCUGAAAACACGUGCCCCUUAUCUUCUCAGAUAGAAUUGUCUCGAUGUAAAACAAGAGCAAAGCCAGGGUAGAAAAGCCAAAAACUUUAAUUUCCAACAUGAGCUAUGUGGUCAUGAACACAAUGCAAUGUGACCCACUCCAACUCAAAGACCCCCCAAACCCUCCCUUCCUGAAGGACCAGGAUGCUCCUGCUCCCCAAGAGGGCACAGGGAAAGGUGUGUAGAUGGAGGGAGGCUCCCAGCCCAAAGAUGCUGGAGUCCCACCUUCCUGCCACCUUCCUGGAGGACACCAAGGGCUCAGAGGUAACACCUAUGUCUGCUUCUAGCCUCUACCCAACCCACACAGGCUCUCCUAUUGAGAUGAAAAACCCUUGGGGCUUGUCAGAUAAGCUUGUGGGAACGCUCCAUCCACCAAGGUCCUGUUAUACAGACACAGGCCCUCCUGCAGGGCCAAGAGAGCCAUUGAAAGGGAUGGGAAGGGGGUCCAAGACUCUGGGCCCGGUGUAGCGCUGUUGCUCAAUAAAUAAAUGCAGGUGACCUUGCCUGGUGCAACAGCUCUGCCUUGGGAGAGUA